AGAAACCCCUUUGCCGUUGGAAGUUCGUGGAGCUUCUGGGAGAAGCAGCGAGGCGGCGGGCAUCAAACUGACUCGAAUAUGGCGAUGCGGUGGCUGGCGAGGUGGGCGAUGCAGCAGGUGGCGGAGCAUCGCCCGAUGUUAUCCUCCUUUUCUUCCUCCUCUUCGUCGGCGGCGCCCGUUCUGGUCCCGUGCGGCCGCGGCGACAAGAAGACGAAGAGGGGGAAGCGCUUCAAGGGGUCGUACGGCAACGCAAGGCCCAAGCGGGAGAAGAAGAUCGAGCGGAUCAAGGACCGGGUCGAGGUCCCCAGGUCCACCCCUUGGCCCCUCCCUUUCAAGCUCAUCUGAUCCCAUCUCUAGGAUUAGGGUUUUUGUUUCUCUCUCUUUAAUCUCUGUCCUUACUCAUCGUAUAUCUGUUGUUCUACAAGUCGAGUCUUUUGUACUUCUUUUAAUGGACAAACUCGUGCGGUUGAGUUCACCGCAUAAAUGUUAGUUUGAUGUUAUAAUACAAAUUCAUACAUGUUGAAGUGA